AUGGUUGACUACCAAAAGCUUUCAUCAAAAGUUUGGGGGGUUGAUGCUAACAAUGCUUUCCUUAAUGGUUUCUUAGAUGAAGAUGUUUACAUGAGGCAGUGUCCAGGUUUUGAAGUUUUUGAUAAAUCAUUAAUUUGCAAACUUAACAAAGCCAUUUAUGGUCUUAAACAGGCACCCAGGGCUUGGUAUGAACAUCUCACCACUACUUUACUUCACUUUGUCUUUGUUCACAACAAAUAUGAUCUGUCUCUUCUUGAUUGCAAGAAGUCUAUUGCCUGUGUUUAUCUCUUGGUAUAUGUGGAUGAUAUAAUUAUCACUAGUACUUAUCUUUCUUUGAUGCAACAAUUCAUUUCAAAGCUCAAUGCCACCUUUUCUCUUAAGCAACUUGGUGAUUUGGAUUAUUUUCUUGGUAUUGAGGUUAAGCAUGUUACUUUUGGGUCUAUGCUCCUUAGUCAAGCUAAGUACAUUGAGAAUGGCGAUUGUGACCGGGGAGAUCGGUACCUCGAGAAGUUGGUGCACUUCGUGGAGGACCAGGCGGGACCUCUGAUCGAAGGAGCCUUGGUGUUGAAGCUGAAUCCAGCGGGUCUUCACUACGUGCAAACGAGGCUGGAGGCGCUGCACGAGUUGGAAAGCCUCCUUUCCGGCGCUCCGGUGGACUACCUCCGAGCGUACGUGUCGGACCUCGGUGACCACCGCGCUCUGGAGCAGCUCCGUCGGAUCCUGCGCCUCCUCACCUCGCUGAAGGUCGUUUCGGUGCUGCCUCAUCCAAUCAGGGAUCCAACGCCCUUGUCGUUUCUUCCGUUAGGGUGCUUGAAGGUUCUCGAACUCAGAGGUUGCGACUUGUCAACUUCCGCCGCCAAAGGCUUGCUCGAGCUCCGCCACACACUCGAGAAGAUCGUUUGUCACAACUCUACCGAUGCUCUGCGGCACGUGUUUGCUAGCAGGAUAACGGAGGUGAAGAAGUCUCCGCAGUGGAACCGCUUGUCUUUUGUGUCAUGUACGUGUAAUGGCUUGGUUCUCAUGGACGAGUCUCUGCAGCUUCUUCCCGCGGUUGAAACACUUGACCUCAGUAGGAACAAGUUUGCAAAGGUGGAUAAAAACUUAAAAAAUAAAUAACGUAAAAAUUUAAAUACAAAAUAAUUUUUAUUUAAAAAGCUGACAUGACAUUUAAAUUAUGUGUACAUACACAUCAGAUACAGUACCAAAACCCCUCAUUUAUCAGGGUUACGGUAGCAAUCCCCUUCUAAUUAUCAUAGUUUGUGAAAUGGCAGACAUGUUGCUAAUCAUGUUUAUAAAUAAUCGGAUGAUUAUUAAUGCAUACAUUGCAUAUUGACACAAGCUUGGACAUGUUAAUUAAGUUCCCAAUUUAGAAGAAUUAAUUUAUGGUAGUUAUGUGAGAAUAUAUGUCUAGAUGGUAUGGUGAUUUAGAAUGAGAUUAUAAUAAGAUGUAUGGUGGUAUGGAUAGGAGAAUUAAAAAGAAGUUAGGGUAUAGUGAAUAUAUAUGCAUGGAGACAGAGGCAGUGGGUAGGAGGUACAAGUAACAGAAAGGGGUUGGAUACGGAUCUGUUGGAUGAUAUCUUUGGCAUUUGAAUAGUGAGUAGCAUACCCCCAUCCUACCCGACAACUUUUUCUCUCGCCCUUUUCCUAUACCUUGCUUUAAUUAUACAUCCCUAAUCCCCACUUUCUACUUAUGAAUUAAUUAUGCAAGACACAUAAAUAAUUGGCAUAAACAGGAUUAGGAAGAUGAGAGGAAGUGACCGACAGGUGUGUGUGGAGGAAGACGAUGGAGGCAGGUAAAGAAUACAGGCUGGACUGACAGGAAAGCAGUAAUGAUUCGCGCUCCGAUUCGGCGAUCCGUCUUGUCGUUUUGUGCCACCUCAGCAUCAUGUGGGCCCUUUCCUCCUAUUUUUUUUCCCUACGAAAAGGACCAAACUUCAAAAAAUAAAUAUCCCACACCAAAUGCUCUACAGCCUGGAAUAGUCCUCAGUCAAACUCAACCAAGCAAGGAACCUCAGCCAUCAUCAGUAUCACCCAACCGUUAUCAUCGUUAUCUCUUUAAUUUCUUUUUUUUUUUUCUUUCCCCACUUUCCGUUUUUUUUUUCUAUCUUUUUCCCUUUUAAUAUUUUAACCUCACAUUUCUGGUUCUCAACGUUUUCUUUGUCCACAUUAAUUAACUUCCACAACUGUUCU